AUGGAGACAGUUAUACUGAGAGCUGUUCUUCCUGCUGUUCUCUUGCUUGUUUCCGGCGUCCGCUACAACGGCUUUUCACUUGCUUAUUUUCUUUUUCUGUUAAUGUGUCCUCUAUUGCCUAAACCUUCAUCAAAUCAUGGGAAACUCAGGAUCCAGAUAUUCCUCAUUGUUCUGGUUACACUCAGUUGUAUAUUCACAUUGUCCCACCCUGCCCUUCACAUUAUAUUGGCAGUUGCGCCUCCGUACGAGAACGCGUUGACCUCUUGCGAGGAUAUAACUAUUGCCUCACAAAUCGGUUUGCAACGUCUUAAUGGUCUGCUCUUUUAUCGAUCAAUGCGGCUUGUUGUGCCAGACUUGGUCACGUUAGCCACUGCCGUUGGCAUUCUGGUGUACAUCAGUCGCCAUGAUCGUCGUGCUGGUGCCCGGAGCCGUCCGAUUUCGACAGCCGUAUGCGACUCUGGAGUGGAUCACCCUCCUUCGGCAAGGUGCACAUCUGCGGCAGAACAAAGUCGUUAUGCUGACGUUUCUUCGCUAUUACCGUUGAACAAUUCCGCUGCAAACAUCAACCCAGCAACCAGAUUUCGUGCACCUAGUUUACCAAGUUUGCCUUUUACGCGAGACUGGGAUGAUAAACGCCGGAAGGUUUGGCGCGCUUGGGCUUUCAACACCUUAUGCGCUCUAGUCAAUGUACUUCUUGUUUGCAUCACUGGUAUCACCUCCCCCUCCGUUCUCUCCUCCGUCUACUUGCUGUGCUUCCUUGCUAUCGGCACUCACUGGGCUUGCCGGAAGAGAAUCAAUCCACUCCCAUUCGCAUAUAUGCGCAUCUUCUUGCUCGUGUACAGUGGACUGCAUGUCUGUUUAUACUAUUUGUAUCAGUUCCCAUUUUUUCAACUGUUCUGCAAUGAUGGCGAGUUUCUUGCUAGGUUACUUGGCCUAUACUAUAUAAUGCGCACUUCUUGUGAAAAACCCGGAGAAAUUUCGUUUCCAGAGAACGUCAGAACAGUUGACUUCGUUGCUCCACCUCUCACUCUGCUUCUAUACUAUAUGCUGGUCUUUGAAACUCGUCGUUGGCUCAGUACCAGGAAUGAUCGACAAUCUUUUCUAUUUCGAAACAGUCAGAACUUGACCCCGCCUAUCCUUCACUGGACUGCCAAUGAAAACGCCAACCCUUUCUAUGCGACACAAGAAACCACUCCACCUCUAGUCGCUCCACUUGUGUUGGAACAGGCGCGAUACUCUGCAGACUCUUCCGAUGCUCCUAAUAUCUUGGCAACUGUAGCUGAGAUAUCUGGCAGCGGUAAAUUCACCACUAACGUCGCCACAUGUAGCACAACCGCCGUCGCCCCUUUAGCAACCCCUCAGUCCGAUUCAGUCAAUGUCAAUGAGCUCUCUGCUGGCAACCUCGGAUAUCCAGUCACCUCAGGGCGUGGAUCAGUGGUACCUGUCGCAGACAUUGAGAAAUCUGGACUGUGCUCUAUUCCUCUGGUACCACUACCGCCCUCACGCGAAUUACACACCUCAUCGGACUCCCACAGUCGCAAGGCGGAGAAACCGCAUGUGAAGUUGAGCAAUUACGUCACGGAUCGUGUGCAACCUCACGUGGACACAUUGAUCGGUUUCACCUCCCCGUUUGUCCCCGUCAUGUGCGACACUGUGAACGCAAACAACGUGCGUUCCGAGCGGCCGUUACUCUUGAGUCUACAUUGUUCGGCCAUACGAAACAGUUACAUAGUGACGCUAAUCGCUAUGAUGGCAUGGGCUGUUGCGUACCGAAGUUGGCUGUCGUUCAUAUUGCUACUCUCCGCUUGUAUUUUAUGGAUUAGCCCGAAUUCUCGAACCGCUUGCCUGUACGCCAGCCCGUUGAUUGUGUUGUACGCCAUUGUCCUCAUCGUUAUACAAUAUGUGUAUGGUCUGAACUUAACAGCAGAAGAACUUCCACAGGAAGUUACUCCCGACGGGAUGAGACUUUCCGAAUUGGGAAUGCAUAAAUGGUCAAACUCGGUUGGUGCACUUAGUCUGCAGAUAACUUUCUUGGUGUGCUUCUGGCUUACGUUACGCCUGUUCAUCAACGAGCGUUCCGAGCAACGACUCAGAACGACUACCCAAGCGAAUCAUAUCACAGAGACUUCACAAUGGGCCACUCCUUACGGCCGCUCCACUGUAGCUGAAGAGCCUCAUACUAAUGCCAUUCCUUCCACUGAUCGUAAACAGUCAUUGGCCACGGUUGGAUUGUGGUUUGGCGUCUCCUUCCCCUUCGGCAACGUAGAUAACUCAAUGUACAAGAAAUUCACGGAACUCUUACACGCGCUUUGCGUCAAAUUUUGGAUAGUCGUCUGCUGUCUGAGCAUGCUCUUCAUCUCCACCCAACAACCGGUGGUGGUUUUCCGCAUAUUCUACAUGGUGAUGCUGAUCUACUUCAUGUUCACUUUCCAAAUCAGUUACAGCUUUUGGCGGCAACAGAUGAUCUUCUUUUGGUGGUUCCUCGUCGUCUACUCUAUGGCAAUUCUACUCUGCAUAUAUACUUACCAGUUUCAAAAUUCUCCUGAACUUUGGCAACGCACCAGCGGCUUAUCGAAAGAAGUCUUGAAGGAUAUCGGCCUGGAAACAUUCGCCAGCGCUGCACUGUUCGAGCGUCUGUCCACUCCCGUCAUCUUCCUUGUCAUUAUCAUUCUUCAAGUACACUACUUCCAUGAGCCAUUCCUCAAGUGUUCCGCAUUGCACCGAUUCGGUGCACCUCAGUCUCCUCGUGAUUUAGCCUCUAUCCUGCCAAUCUCGUCCUCCGGUGGCCAAACGACUCAAUCCCAUUUGACUGCAAGCAGCUUGCCAAAGCCUCUUAGACGCCUCAGUCACACUGCGGGGCGUGCACAUCUUGGCUUGGAUUUCAUUGAGGACGUUAAUUCUGCCUUCCACGUGAUCGCCUCCAAAUUAACCAGCUGGGCAAUCAGCCUUUCCAACUGCUGCUGGCGCUUCCUCGAGGUGCACUGGAUCAAAUUGGUGGCUCUUUUGACCCUCCUCAAUUCAGUCAGUGAGGUCAACGCACCGAACUUGGUCUCCCUUGUUUUGAUGGUCAUUUGCUUUCCGUUCCCCUAUUUGCACGGAUUUUUGGCCACGAUGAUGUUUCUGUGGACGGGAUUGAUGACUUUCUGCAAGAUGUGCUUUCAGUUAAAUUUUAUCCAACUCAAUAUCAAUGUCACCUGUGAACCACCACCGCUAAAUAUCACGUAUCAUAUUGAGAACGCUACUUGGAUUGGCUUGGUGAAGGUACCAAAUUUCACUCAAUACAUUAUGCCAGCAGUAUCACUUAUGGCCGUUUGUGUCAGUUGGCACGCGAUCAUUUAUCGCCAGCGACAGUUCUACAACAAACCAUGCAACGAAAGACCGCGGGAGGGCAUCGUGUUCUCUCAUGUGACUAUGCAAUCCCUCGAUAACGACCUGCGCAACGUGGUGAAAUUUGCAAUCAAUUUCGGAUUUUACAAAUUCGGACUUGAGUUGUGCUGUUGUAUCACAGUGGUCACCGCCUGUCUACGUGUGGACGCCUUCAGUGUCCUCUAUCUGCUCCUGAUGCUCAUUUUCCUGUUCACCCCUCGUGAAGUGUGUUCACGACUAUGGUUAGCCUACCUUACCAUUUUGAUGAUUCUCAUCCCGAUUCAAUACGCCGGGUGCGUCGGACUUCCUCCCGGUCUCUGCUGGAUUUUUCCAUGGAUAACGGAUUCCGUUGAGACGGAUAACUUGCUUCAGUGGCUCUUUCUCCCCGGAAAGUAUGGUUCACCAACGGCUAGGAAACUGACAGCCGAUUUCUUCCAGUUCGUCGCUGUGGCUCUGCAGUACAACGUGUUCAAGAUUGAGCGUACUCCCUUCGUCGGGAUGUAUGGUGGAGGCUCAAAUAAACCCGUGCUGAUCAACAAUAUUCCGGGAAAAGGCGAGCGAGACUUUGUCAGCUCAAAAGAAUCGUACAUGGACUACGUGCGCCAUCUGAUUUUCUACUGGUCCUAUUGGGUCAGUUUGGCGAUUGUGCUUGCAACUGGCGUAACGUGGAUCACCCUCUUCUGUCUUGGUUACAUGAUACUCAGUUUCAUCUAUUUGUGGAUGGGACAAAAUGUUAUGCUUCGCAAACGUGUCAACUUGAUCAAGUCGUGGAAUGUUAUAAUUGGGUACAACUUUUGCGUUAUUCUGGCCAAAUGCAGUCUUCAGGUCGUUGGCUGUGUGUACUGGGCCAGCCUGUCACGCCAGUGUUGGUUUAUCCAGCUGUUUGGUGUUCAAUGCAUGGAUCCGAUGUCUUGGUCCCAAUUCGAAACCCCUACCUACGACAAAGAAUGCACCUCAGUCUCAAGCGGCCUUCACUGGGACGUGAUUUGUUUCAUCUUCAUUUUGUUUCAACGGAAGGUCUUCAUGACUCAAAGCUUCAGCCACGUGGUGUUUGAUUUGAAUGUGCAGAGUCAGUUUGCUUCCCGAGGCGCUUAUCUCUUCAACCGAAGGCUAAUGUCAAUUAUCAGCGAACAGAUGGAGCGUGAAGAGCGAUCUUUGGAGAAAAUUCGUGAAAAGCUGGAGGCUAUUCAGCGACGUCAAGCAGCCUUGGGUCGAAACACGGCCAACAUCACUGAGCAUUACAUAAUGCUCCGAUCCGGUGACUACUACCUGUUCGAAGGUGACCCCGAAGAGGAUGACGAAACUCCUUCCAAAGAAGAGCUCAAAUCGGAAUCAUGUGCUUCGAUCAAACGGAUACACCGGCCAUCAGACCACGAGCCACCUGCGGGUUCCGCUGCUGGUAUUCUUCAUUCACCAUUUCCUGCUCAUCUUCCAUCGAUGCGCACUGGUGGGAGCCGUAGCCGAGCGCUGUCUAUACCACAGGAUUUUCAAGCUGGCACCCUUAAUAGAUCCGGCGGCCCUUCCGUUGGUUUCGUCCAAGACAGGUGGAACUAUCCGACAAUUGCACAACGCCAUCCUCCAUUGAUGAGCGCCGUUCCCCACAUCGAGCCGUCAGUGAUGGAGAUUUUGUCUAAUUACACUGAUCCCUACAGCACCGUCAGGAGCAGACCUUGUGUUGCGGCUGACAGCGAUGUUCUCAACGCCAUGAAUUCCAACCGAUUCGUCAGCACUGAAUCUGCCUAUGCAUCCGGCAGAGCAAUUGGACAUCGACGAAUGCGAUCGCAUCCGGAAUUCCUACAUCACCAAGUUGGUGGCGCUCCCGUUGCACAGCAGCUUACCGGACUUCCGGUGGAGCAACCUACUUCCCUCCUUCUUCCCUCACGAACCACCUUGCGAUCCGUCCAAACAUUCCCAUCUCCGCUGGUAGAAAGAACAUUGACGAGAGCAGGUGGUGACCCCAUCAAACAUGUGUCAACUGUGGCUCACACUUCCACCAAACGUAAACCUUAUCAAUCGCACCGCAGAAUCCUUUCCGCAUCAGCUGCAUUGGCGGUUAAUUCAAGCAAAUUCGUGACCCCAACUACUACAGUUGCUUCAACUCGUUCAGUGUGCGACUCGGCAGCCCAUCCGUUGUCUUCUUUCAUUGGAGUCCCCACAAGUCCUUCUGGCCCUGCUCCUUUAGAAUUCGGACUCCUCAAUGAUUACUCAAGACCUAGGCGUAAAGACUCUCUGCCUGCUGAACUACUACGGAGCAAACAUCGCCAGGUGAAACCUACUGAGUUAUCCCCUGCCCAUCCCGGACACAAUCGCACCCGUUUCGGCGACCAACCCCGUCGGAAAAUCAGUCACGGCGCUACAAUUUCUUUUCCAACUCCGGUGGAUAACGAAGACCAGUACUCUGCUUCGGACAGCGAGGGCGAUGAUGAUGAUGAUUACGAUGAUGCAAAUCCUCUUGCAUCAUCCACUUCGCAUGUGAAUCCACUGCAACUGCUCAAUCGGGCCAUGGCUGUCGGUGCAAGCACUACCGUACGGCAGUAUCGCCAUAGCCUGCUCCCUCAGUCAUCAUCUUCACGCCUUCGGGAUCAAGCGAACUCCAAUGUGGAUGUGUCUACUUUGGACCCUCGUCCUGCCAAACAGUCCGGGCGCCGAGUGUCUGUUACCUCACAUUCCGACACCAUUGGCCUAUCCCCACCUGUACUGGACCACGUCUCCUCAGUGCAAGGUUUGGAUAGGACAACUUUCUCCGACCCGUCCACAAAUGCAACUAACUUGCCCGUAGCAUCCGAUCGAUCUACAAACCAGAGCAAUCGUGGAUUCUUGCGGCGUAAACUAAGGCGUACGAAACUGUGCUCAGUCGCCUCAGUGGAAGUGGAGGAUGAGCCAAUUCUCAAUGAUGGAUUCGAUAUGAUUAGUUCUUCAGAAGAAACGCAUGAAAGACAGGCACUGGUACCCGGGUAUGGGGCUUCAACCGUCAGAAGGCGUUCCUCCCAACAACCUCGGGACGAUCGGCAUCACCAGUCUUAUACCGGUCAGUCAUUUGUGAUAAAAUCAACUCGGCAAUCGACUAUCUGUCAGCAUCCUGAGAGGGAGACGCAUCAAUCUCUAGAGGCUUUGGAGUCUCAUCAACAGGAGUCGGAGUCACCCAGGCCGUCAAGGUCACUGGUCGCUAGCGAGGAUUCCGAUGGUGAUUUUCCCCAUCGGCGCGAUGGCGGCCUAGCUAGAGACGAAAUUGGAGCUGCAGCCCAAAAUAUUCAAAGAGAGGAAGGCUGUUGGAGCAAGUUCAAAGCCGGUUGCAUGAUUGCCUACAUGUUCCUGAUCAGCUCUGUGGACAGCUUGAUCCGCUUUCUGAACGGCUUGACCAGACAGUAUCGCCGCAUCCGUCGAACGAUUGAGUUAGAGAAACGUUUGGUGAAGCGCAAUGUGAUCAACAACGCUGAACAAUCUGAACAAUCACCUUUGCACGCUGCCUUCGAGGCACGUCGUCAUGAGCGUUCGAAAUCGGUCAAAUUCGAUACUCGUUGUUUCGGAUUCCGCUCUCGUCGAACAGCCACACAUGCGAAUCAACAUACGCUAGUGUUCGAUUCAGAUGACUCGUUGAGCGACAACUUGGAUUAUUUAGCUGCUGAAGCCCAUUCAGAAGCUCUCGUACAGCGUUUGAAAGACAAAUGGAACAGAGUUUGUCUUUGGUUCAGAAGGACCGCAUCUGCUCGGUCACCUCCGUUUUCCACAGGAAUCGAUCCAAUUUCUCUUUUGGACAUAGAAGUUGCUGUGUUGAAAGUUGUUUGCAAAUCACCGGAACGCCAUCACUCACAAUGCUUGAAUCCGCUGGAUUGUCCGAUGCCAUUGUCCAGUCAUUUCCCCGAGGCGCAGGUUUCGCUGCUAACCAAAGGUCACUCUACUGAGCAACUGCAUGAGCUGGACCGUUGCUAUCAUCAGCGGGAGAAAGCGUUUCGUCGCUCCCGAUCUCGACCGUUCCUUUUGAUAACAGCCCUGGGCAACUUGGCUAUCGUAUAUUCGGAGUGGUUUUGCUAUCUACUGCUGAUACUGAACCACAUGCGAAGCUCUGCCAUUCUAUCACUCCCCUAUCCGUUAACUGUGUUCCUAUGGGGUAUGUUGUCCGUUCCCCGGCCAACGAAGACCUUCUGGAUCUUCUUAAUAACAUAUACUGAGAUCGUCAUUGUGAUCAAAUACAUCUUCCAGUUCAAGUUCAUCUACUUCAACGAUCCAACAGAGAAGCUCUCGGAAUCGGCCGAUGUACUCUGGUUGCCGCGCUUACUGGGAGUGGACAAACACGAUCAUUAUGCACUGCUUGAUCUCGUUCAGCUGAUUACUCUCUUCCUACAUCGGGGUUUUCUACGAAAUGAUGGCUUGUGGCGUGAUCACACAGAAUUCGCGCACGAUUUGGAACUUGUUACCGCUGGAAAUAAGCUCCAGAGCAAACGCAACCGAGGUGAUCGGGACCAUGCUCGUAGCCUCGGCAACGAAUCUAGCGAUCUACCGCCCGCGAACACUCAAUUAAGCGCUCAUAACCAGUGUGCCACAUCCACGGACCCUUUCCCAUUCUCACUGAAACGACACAACACGGCCAAAUCCUGGAAUCCGUUUGUCAAGCUUCGCCGGUUUUACGCCAAAAUGACUGAUCCUCGGUACAACCAGAAAGUCGAUGUCUAUAUCUACAUGUUCCUCUGCGAGUUCAUUUCUUUCUGGAUCAUGAUCUUCGGUUACGUCUCUUUCGGUCCUAGCACUGGAAUGGGUGAUAACGCACUGGAGUUUAUCAAGUCUAAUCGGAUUCCAUUCCCCUUCAUCUCCAUGCUGUUGGUGCAGUUUGUCUUCAUCAUCAUUGAUCGGGGCUUGUUUCUGCGAAAACAAGUGCUGGGCAAAUUCAUCUUUCAAAUAAUACACGUGGUUCUCAUCCACGGUUGGCUGUUCUUCAUCCUGCCCCAUAUCACGAAAUCGCAAUUCACCUCUGGGAUCGCUCCUCAGUUGUUAUAUCUGAUCAAAUGCAUCUACUUCUCUCUCUCGGCAUACCAAAUACGUAGCGGUUACCCGCUGCGAAUUCUUGGCAACUUUUUGACAAAGAACUACAAUUACAUCAACCUCGUACUCUUCAAGGGGUACCUUAUUAUACCAUUUCUGUACGAGCUUCGCAAUGUCAUGGACUGGAUGUGGACAAACAGCGCUCUGUCUUUGUACCACUGGAUGGAGUUAGAGGACAUUUAUUGCAAAAUCUUCGUUCUCAAGUGUUGGCGUCGCUCUGAGAUAGCCUAUCCCACGCCACGAGGAGUUAACCGACCAGUGGGAAAAAAGGCACUGGUUGGCGGCCUCUUGUUAGCUUUCUUCUUCCUCUGCUUUUGGGGACCGAUGACCUUGAGUUCCUUCAUCGGCGUCACGUUUGACUUCAACCCACCGGUGCUGUGCACAUUCGGCUUCACCUUUGCCGGUUUCUCGCGUGCCUUUGAGUUUGACUCACGAGAAGGAAAUAUUCUCACAAUUCGCCAUGAUGUGUUAGAGGAUUUCACCCGUUGUCAUGAAAAAGACCAGCAAACUGUUGGAUUUUUGCACAAUUUCGAAUCCAACGACAUACGCUACAUCACGAUUGACGGCUUCUCCAGUAGCAUUUGGGCUAUCACGCCGCCCUCCUACAAGGCACUGUUGCUCCUUUUGGCAGAACGUAACGCGACUCUACUGCUACAUUUCCACAUGCAAUGCAGACGCCAAACAAAAGAGAUUCAGACUGGCCAAACAUCCGUGGAGGAUAUAUUCAGUCGAACGCUACUGUGGGAAGAGAAACUCCAACUGUUGCACAUCCUCAACGGGACAUUCGUGGAUAAAUCGAUCUCUUCCAUCGCACAUGAUAAUUCCCCGUCUGGAACAAUCGUAUCCAACCAUCCGGAUGCGGUUACGCUGAACGCAGUGAUUCCCCGUUAUUACAUACUACGGAAAGAUCGUCUUCGAACUGCAUUCGCCAAACUGGGUGAAAAGUCAACAUACGUCAAUGUGAGCUUCAUACUUCAUCGCGAUCCGGUGAAUACACAGUCUUGGUGGGAGUUGAAAGAGCGUACAACCACGGGGUCUUCCGAUCCAUGCUUCGAACGAAUCCGUUUACCUACUCUAGGCGCCAGUGCGUCAUCUGCCAAGGUCCUCUCAAUCGUCACUUUCAAUGAGCGCGUUUCCGACAGCUUGUUUGGAAAAGUGUUCAGUAAUUAUGGGAUCAUCGGCAUGUACGCCGCGUACAUAUUUUUGGCCAACCGGUUACUGCGCACAAUUUACAGCAAUAUCUCCUAUGUCAUUUGCCUGGAAGAGUUGCCCCAUGUGGAUCGUAUUUUGAAUCUAUGCAACGAAAUCUAUUUGGUGCGUGAAAACAAACUACUUCGCCUUGAAGAACAACUAGUGGCGAAACUCUUCUUCCUCUAUCGAUCCUCUGAAACAAUGAUUAAAUGGACCAGGCAUCCGAAACGAAUUAUUGACAAGUUCACCGAUCCCGCUGAGCCGGAUCCCCGAGAUUUUUCCCCUCCCAGAUCUCCUUUGAUUCAUGAGGCUAGCAUUUUUGCCGAACCGGAUGACCAUCACCAUGCGUCUCGCUCUGUUAACCAUUCCAACUCCGCUUUGUGGGACUCUCCGCGAUCCGCUCCACUGUCUCCUGGCAGUGUGCGUCGACCUAAUAGGGCACAUUCUCCUGAAGCGGUCAUCACACGCACAGCUCCGCUUCCCACAAGAGGUGCUCGGUCACAACGUCGAGCCUUGCGAUCUUCGUUCGCUGGGAAGCGGGAACACUCAGCGAACGGUCUUGUUAAACGGAAUGUGUAAUCAGACAACUGCGCUUGCCAUACAAGCUCCUGAUCAAUUCCUUGCACAUAAAUACCUAUCACAUUCAUCACGCAUUUUCAGGUUUGCAUUCUACGGCAUACCAACCCCUAAACUUCACUUUCUAGUCCGACCCAUUUCUGUACAGAACCGCGACCUGUUUGCUGGUCAUACCAAUUUACAUUUGGCUACUUCCUAAUUUCACCUCUUCUCCCUUCUCCUACGAAAAUUCGCUAUGGUCACUUCGCACUGAUGAUCCUCCUACCUGCGCACCUGAGUUUCGUCACAUCUGAUGCUUUCUCGCUGUCCUCGUGACAGUCCGCACUUACGGGUUGCGAUUCCGCGCGUCUUUCAUCGAGUCAUGUAUUCCUCUUCCUCCCAUUUAUCAUCGCCGUCCUUCUCUUCCGCACACCUUACCCGUUCCCUGCUGCUCACCACUCCAACCGACCAUGUGACCACAAGGAUGAUUUUGCGACCAACCUCAGUGGAAUUAUUUUGUUUGUCUGUCUCCCUCGCUGUCUUCAUUUCAUUCCUUACUUGUAUAAACGUGGAACUUUGUGCGUGCACCCCCUCGCACUACUUACUGUCAACUAACUGCUCAAGAUGUCUCUCGAGUAUAUGUCUGUCCCAUGUGCUCA